AUGGACUCUAACCAAAUGGACAAAACUGGCGCUCAGUCGCAAGAAUCACAUGAGUAUCACAUGAAGAUCGUGCCGACGAUCUACGAAGACCUCAGUGGGCAUUACGUCCAUAGUUUCCAAUACACAUACGCUUACAAAAGUCAUAUCGCAUUCACACAUCACGGCAUUGCUAUGCCUGCCAUUUGGUUCCGAUAUGAUUUGACUCCGAUUACAGUGAAAUAUACAAAACGACGAAAACCAUUGUAUAGUUUUGUGACAAUGAUCUGCGCUAUAAUCGGCGGUACGUUUAGUGUGGCCGGCAUUAUAGACUCACUGGUGUUCACGGCGUCCAAUAUAUUCAAGAAACUAGAGUUGGGAAAACUGAGUUAA